AUGCAGAAAGCGGUAAAUGCGUGGACAUCCCACAAUUCGAAAAAUUAUUCCCGUUUCGAAUUGAUAAAUUGGGUGAAUAAUAAACUUUGUAUCAAUCUUGUCAACGUUGAAGAAAUGAAAACUGGAUCGAAGUAUUGUGAAAUGUUUGAUUUGCUCUUUAGGGGAAUUAUUAACCUUAACAAAGUGAAAAAUAAUUCUACGUUUGAACGUCACUACAUAAGUAAUUUCAAGAUCUUUCAAAACGCCCUGAGGAAGGUAGGGAUAGUGAAGGAACUCGCAAUAGUUAAACUAGCAGCAGGAAGCUAUCGUGAAAACUACGAGCUAUUACAAUGGUUCCGCAAAUUUUAUGAGGCGAAUUCUAGUCAGGAUGAAGUGGAGAAAAAAGUUCCUUGCCUUAUAGUUGAUGAUAAUUCGGUGUCCUUAAUACAAUCAAGUCAGCCGUUAAAAGAUGUUAGCGUAAAAAGUAAGUCAAGUAAGUCCAGUUUGAAUAAAGCCACAUUAUUUGAAACUAUUGAGCCCCUGCAUACAACUUGUGAUGAGAAAUCCUAUCCACAAGUAAGUCACAUAUAG